AUGUCACCGUCAACUCUGUCCCCACCUAUGGGUAAUAUCGCGACGAUAAGGACACCUUCGAAUGCCACGAUAGAACGUGUGGAGACGGCAACUGUGUCUGUGGACGGUGAUAUAAACGUCGCUUCGGCUUUGGAUUUCCCGAUCUCAUUACCACAGCAUCCGGGUGGUGAUUUUCCGGUAAACGAAAGCCUGAAUUUGUCGGAUAUACCCAGCGUCGAGCUAGAACCGGGUUGGAUUUCUUGGCUGAUAGGGGAUAACUUCGACUUAGAUGCCGUGAACUCGUCCUUAUUGCAAGCCACUACUGGAGACUUCUUGGUUGUUGAUCGGAUGCCGGACGAGGAUCCGCUUGCUACUGAUUCAUUCAGCGUAGGCCCACAGGCAACGGACACGGAAUUGGCGCAGAUCGGGGAUGCAAUAAAAGAGGCCUGGCAUACCCACUGUGGGCAGACCACGUCGGGCGUCAUAUCCCCAGACCGCGCGAAUGACCGCAAUCAAAUUGACGAGACUUAUCGCCACGAGCUCUCUAAGCGCCUUGAGCAACGUGUGCAAACCGGAAUUCUUCCUUCGACCACUUUCCUAUUAGCAAAGAUUCAUCAUCAUGAGCCAUGCCUACGUCCUGCGACUGAGCGUCUACCGAUCAUCUCCUCAGAUAAGCUCUUUGCGGCCAGCAGUGCAAAUGCGUGGCGUGAGCUGGUCCUGCAACAGACCCAGCAGCCUGGGAGCAGGUCGAUGAGGGAGCGAAGUCUUCGAGGGGAGAGUGACUUCCAACUCUGUGCCACUCUUGAGUCCAUCAGUGCUAUGGCCUGUGAGUGCCGGGAACCUCUCUCGACCACACCCCAUAUGCCCGAGAAGUGCCAGGAAAUGCUCCUAUCUUGGUACGAGACGCAUCUAUCUACUGUGUCUCCUGGUGUGGUCUGGGAAUAUCCUUUAAGGAUUCUCUGGCAUUCCACUUUCAUCCUCCUAUACUCGGAUCUCGACGCUCUUGAGCGAGCCUGCGGUAGAGACGGCCCUGAGGCAGCCCAAGGAGCCAUUGAAUACGCUCGGCAGUGGGCAAGUUCCCAGGAGGCAACCGGAUCUCUAAUACACGCUAUCUGCAUCCGAAAGUACUUCGAGUCAAUGUCUAUUGGGUCUGAGUGUCCACUACAGAUUCCCACCUGCCUUUACCACUGUGGGAUCAUCUGGUUUUGCUUUGGGCAAUUCGGGGAUAGUAGCAACGGAGCAUUAAUGGACCGCAGCUUUCCAGAAUUAGAUCUGGCUGGAGUGCAUGUUGCCGAAAUCCAUGCGGCAGAAUUGAGGAACUCUCAAGUCGAGCGGAAGGCUGUGAACCAGGUCUUUAGGAUUGUUGGCCUGCUGCAGAGCAUGCGCCAUUGGAAGCUAUCUUUGAGCCUUGCUUCAACAUUACUUGCGCUUAUCGAGGCGCAAGAUAAUGUUUACUAA